AUGGCUCCAAAUUUAUCUAGUAUACGGCCAAUCUCCGAGUCUAAUGAAUCUGAACAUAUGAAUUCGACUAGUAUAAAUAAAAUACUAGCAAAUGUUCAGGGUUAUUAUAGUGGUGAUUAUGAUUGGAAUGAUUUUUAUGGUGAAGAUGAUGAAUUUUCACUUGAUGGAGCUGGGGAUGAUGAUAACAAUUUUGACUCAAGUACUAUUUUACAUUCAAAUUAUGUAACAUUAGAUAGUACACUGCAAGAUCGUUUGAAGCAUUUUCAAACUCAGAGUUAUGCAAAUAAUGAGUCAAAUGUAGGUGAUAUUAGAUUUAGACAGAGAAUAAGACGCAGAAGAUUAAGAGAUAAAAGUAAUGAAGAUAAUAUUCCUGAUACUCUCCAUGAUGAGAUUGUUGAACAGAUAAAUCGUGAUGUAAAUGGACCAUUAAUUAGUCAGGAAGAAAUAGCUGAAAUUAGAGAUAGUAUCUCUAAACCUAGAGGAGAAUAUAUACCUGAUGAUAUACUUAUGGGAUAUCAUACAGCUUGGGAUAUUGGGAAAAGGGGUUGUGUGGCUGUUAAAUUAGUAGGUAAUUGGGAUUCACAUAUUUCACCAAAUAAAGUUCGUUUUUUUAUUAUGGAUGGUACUGAUCCAAUAGCAUUUUUGACUUAUUAUACAAAAAGUGAUUUGAAAGUUAGCCGUGGUGAGAAAUCAGAAAAGAAAGGGAUAAUUUUUGCAAAGGAUUUAAAAAAUGGCUAUUGGGAUUAUGGAAAGGCUAAAAUAGUAUUUAGAAGAAGUAAUAAAGGUGGACAAACGACAAUACUUGAAAAUAUACCUAGUCUUUUCUUAGAUGCAAUGUUAGUUUGUUUAAGAGAAAUUGAAGUGCAUAAGAGAAUUGAGAAAUUAAAGAAACAGAGAAGAAAUAAGAAGAAUGGGAAUGACAAAAUAAUUAGUAGGAGAUCAAUUGAUCAAAAUAUAUUAAGUUUAAAUUCAGAACUAAUUAAUAGUGAUAUAUCAAGUAAUUCAAAUAAAGAAAGUGCCGUACCUAUGGGUAACAUUUUAUCAGGUCAUAGACAAUCUAUUACAAGAUUAGUAGCACCUAAUUUACAUUGGAAUACAAAUACAGAUAUAAAAAAGUUGCCUUAG